AAAUAGUGCACCAGAUUGUGUACAUCGCUUCUUCGACACAACACGGUGACGGUGGAUUUUGAGUGUGUGGUUGGUAAAGUGACUUGACUGAACAAUCUGACAGACAGCCACACAGAGAGAAGGCAAGAAAAAGCAGCAAAUCGUUUCCCCCUCGAAGAAGUAAGUUUUCUUAUAUUUGGUAUAGUUUAGUGCAAUUAUAUAAGCGUAAUUGGCGGUGCAAAGUGUAGUUCAAAGUGCAGUGGAAGGAAUUUGACCCGAAAACGGCCACGGUAAAACGGAAUCGAAGCGAAAAUAGGAAAAAUCCAUCCUCCCAAGUGCUACGCCAUGACAUUUUCUUUCGACAGUGGCUCCUCCUUGUUUUUGUGGUGUCGUCGUUGUUGAUUGUGUAGUGAGCGCAGUAAUACGCAAAAAAUCCCCAUUGAACCUGCUGAUGAUAGCCUCGUGCGUGUCAUGUUGUGAUUUUGGCGAUUUAAAUCCGUCGUGAAGAUUUUCCGCAAAUAACGUUAUCACCUGUAAAGAUCGAACCGUCUUAGUCGUAUAAACGAGAAAGGAGACCAGAAAAAAAGAAAACAAACCAUUCAGCGCGGGAUUCAUUCGUCAUUGAAGCUCGGUGGAAUGUCAUUGAACUUCCUGAUUGCAGGCAGGAACUGAAUCGUAAGCCUCGUUCGUUUGUCUAAUCGAACCCGAGAGCUGAAGCAGUCCGAUCGUGGUGGUGGAUUGGUUUGAACAUUUUUCAUUGAGGAGAUCUAUUGAGUGUACGCAGGUAGCUGCGUAUAAGCGGUGAGCAGAACAGCGAAUAAACACCACGAACGUAGAAACAACAACAAAAAAAGGCCAGUAAAGAAGCAUCGAUCGCUGCUGCAGAUUGUACCAAACUAGCUUGGCGCCAACGAAACCAGUUCUGGGCAAAGAUGGCAACCGACGCGGACGAUCAGGACUUCGACGACACGCUGAAAAGCUUCGAAUUACUGACAGGUCUGUCGGCAGCGCCGGCAGUAAGCGUGCCUUCCGGCAACCCGUUCCAGCUAGGGCCCACUCCGCUGGAGGCUUUCCGAAGCAGUGAAACGGUCGUGAAGCAAAUUUUCGGAACCCAUUGUGAGUGCGGCGCAGAGAGGAUGCUGCCAUCAACCGUCUGUAACUCCACAACCGCACCGGGAAAGGUCAAUCAGUCCCAUAGCAAACACACCACUAGUCUAGAGCACGGUAUUAUCAAUCCAACUCCGUUCAAGCACAAGGUCAAGGGCGAGAAAAAGACAAUCGUCCGCGAAUCGAUGCUCAAGAACAUUGGAAGGUGCGUGCACCAGAACCUGGCCAAACAGAACAGUAUUCCCAAGCAGCGGCACAAUUCCGGCACGUUCCUCCCAGUGGCAACGACCGCGGCCCAGUUGUUGAAGCCCUCGCUUUCCGAGAACAACCUGACCAAGUGUUUCGCCAACGAGGAAAGUGACGACAUGCUGGACUUUAGGUUACUAGUGGCUCAGUGUAGCGAGCUGACCCUGUCGCACUCCAAGACACCGUCGGAUGGUGGUCCGAACUUCUCGCAAAGCAGUUUCAAAUCUCUACGCCAGUCGACCAAUCUGUCCGGCUUUCAGCUGAACCGAUCGACGGGAAGCAGUGUCCAUUCGCGUCGAAGUCGCCGGGCAAGGCAACUGAAGCGCUGCAACAGUACCUCUUCGCUCGAAUCGGACAGCAGCAGCAGUAAUAGCGGGGUUUCGUUCGGGAUUGGCCCUCUGGUAGGUCCCUUGGGACCUUCCACCAGCAGCACCAGUAGCAGUAGUUCCACGCAACCCCCCAACCCACAGCAGCAGCAAUCUCCCAGUGCUUCGUCGCCGUCGUCUUCCUGUUCGACGCAGGCCCGGCUCAACAACGUCAUGCCCUGCGACAUCACUAUCGACGAGAUGGCCAGCUACUUCGAAACGUUGGUCCAUAUUCCGAAGAAGAUGUCCAGCAUGGCCGAAAUGAUGUACAUCUAGGCCGUGCACAGGACGAAACAAACGUUUAAAAAACAGGGUGAGAUUUGGAAAGCGCUCUUCACUUGCGGAAGGAAUGCGAUCCGUCGGGCUGUGCUCAUAUGUAGGUAAUAUCGUAAAAUAGGUUCUGUUAGGAUUUUUAGUCAAACCACUCUGCUAAUGCUAUUGCUCUUUUCGUACCACACGUGAAAGGGAGAAGAAACACGCGCAACCAAAAGCGGAUUGCAUUCGAGAGAUAGGAUUUAUUCGAGAGGAAUUAGUGCAUACUUUUAUUAUAACAUGUACCUACGGUAAUACUAAAUUUACUAAUGAAUAGGGUGUACCAACAUUAUUCUUUGUCAGAAUACUUUGGGGUUUGAUCUACAAAUGGUAACUUAGUAUGUUACUAUCAAACUUUCGUAUGAUGAGAAGGCUCUGAGAAAUGAUAGUUAGAGGUUGCCUGUGAGAUUUUUGAAAAACAAGUAAGAUUUUCGUGACUAAUAUCAAAAACAUAUUUCUAGUUCAGCAAAAUUUCAUGAUACCCAUUAGUUAUGAUGCAUGAUUCAUUACACAGCGUAUCAACAAUAAUAUUUUUGCGUGUCUUAAGAAUCAAAA